GGCAGCUGCCAUCGCCAGACAGAAACAAGGAAAAGAAAGAAAUUUUUAACAUCAGAGAUUCAGAGAUCUAUUGUUAACGGUAGGCCAACCACCAGUCGAACGACUGCCCAACAAUCACUGACCUUUCAAACCAUGCACCCUGCCCGCUAGGCAGCAAAAGACCCGCAGAAAAGGACAAAACCGAGCCCAGCCAAACGCAGAAGAAGAAACGCCAGCGAGACGAGGACGCCAAGAUGAUUAAACUAUUCACGCUGAAGCAGCAGAAGAAAGACGGCGAACAAAAGGGCAGUCAGCAGAAGAAAGCCUCCGCCGCCCAGCUGCGCAUACAGAAAGAUAUUAACGAACUGAACCUGCCAAACACUUGCGCCACAGACUUUCCCGAUCCCGAUGACUUGCUCAACUUCAAGCUGAUCAUCUCGCCCGACGAGGGCUUCUACAGAGACGGGCGCUUCGUGUUCAACUUCCGCGUCGGCUCCAACUAUCCGCACGAGCCGCCCAAGGUGAAGUGCGCCACCCAGGUGUACCAUCCCAACAUCGACCUGGAGGGCAACGUCUGCCUCAACAUUCUGCGCGAGGACUGGAACCCAGUGCUCAACAUCAACUCCAUCGUCUAUGGCUUGCAGUUUCUGUUUUUGGAACCCAAUCCCGAGGAUCCGCUCAACAAGGAGGCGGCCGACGUCCUGCAGACCAAUCGCCGCCAAUUCGAGAGCAAUGUGAAGAAGGCGAUGCGCGGCGGCUGUGUGGGCGAGACCUACUUCGAGUGCUGUUUGCUCAAGUGAUAUAGGGAAUCCGAAGGUCUCUUACUUUAAGCCUGCCCAAACACCCAAACCCCAAAACCC